AUGCAACCAGCAGUUACCAACACCCAAGUCUCAUACACUACUCCUGCUGGUGUGACAGUUACUUCUGUACCAAAAGGGUCUCUUCCAGCAAUUUUUAUUGGAGAGCGUUUGAUAGUUUAUGCCAUCCUUCAUCACAGUUCACCUUCUUCUGAAACACAAGAAGGAACGGUUUGCCUGACUGGUGAUUUACUCGGGGCAAAGGUUGAACACAACAUGAGAUUUCAAGUUCCACUGGCGGUGACGAAAGACAACGUGUCCCAAGUGUCAACCAUUCAUCAUCUUGCUGCCAAAAGGUCCAUCAAGGAAAUGGAAUCGAGCAAUGACAGCAGUCCAGAAAUAAUCCAGCUCAGUUGUGAUUCAAAUGUGAUAUCUUCCCAAACAGCAUUUAUCGCCAUUGAUGAAGAAAGAAAGGAGGCGGUGAAAGGAAGCCUGCAAACCUGGGAUAUUCUGCCUGAUGAAGGUUUAUUAAAAAGUUGUGGCUUUUCAGCCUCCGGCAUGGGUCAGCCUCGAACGGCCCGCUAUCUUUCCGCUGCUCCAAUGCGCAAGGCUCGAGCGACGUCUGGCUUGAAAACAAAGUUUUCGGGGCUUCUUAAGCGUAAAGAAGUUAAAGAACUCACCUUUCAGAACACGGUUUAUAGUGCUCCUAGUCGGCCGGCUGAUGAUAGUGAAUAUUCCCCUCCUACCCGUUCCCGUUUAUCUCAUCCCCGUCCUCCUCGUUCUCGUUCCUCUAAUUCCCCUCCUCGUUCUUCAGAGUCAGCUGAAGCAGAGACCGCACUGGAAACGAUCAUCAGCUUUCAGCUCGCCAGUGGUGCGUGGAAAACGUCAACAUUCCUGAGCUAUGCGAUCUCUAAAACCACAGAAGAGAUAAAAGAUGCGUGUCCAGUGUCUUGUGAAGGUGAUAUGGAGUCAAUCUGGGCGACAAUUAUUGUCUUGACGUAUCUGCAACUUCGCCAGUCAAAUUUCAAAGAUGAAUGGGAGUUGAUCGCCCUCAAGGCUGAAACAUGGCUGACAAAACAAAGUCUUCCUCAAGGAUCUUCCAUACAAGAUUUACGAGAAAAAGCUGAAGCAUUUCUAUCUUAA